GAGAGGCGUACCUGGCGCGGAACGAGGACGACUCGGUGUGGCCCGAGAGGAUGUGUCUCUGGUCGAGGGCCGAGGAGAGCGUCUGGAUGAUACUGACUCCCGACGGGCACGCGUACGCCAAGAGCGUCGUGGGCUACGAGGACGGGCCCGCCAAGACGCACGGGGCCCGUGACGGCGCGCGGCCAGGCGGGUUGCGAGAGAGCGUGUACCGUCCCAAGGAAUGCCCUGGGACGCGAGAGCUGAGAACGCUGAUGGCGGAGGCUCGCGAGGAAACGGCCCUGGCGGCGACAGGCGCCCCUCUGCCCGUGAUCUCAGUGUGCGUCAGCCCUGGAGGGCACGAGAGACCGAUCGGGACGUGGCGGGGGGCUGCAGGGGGAGUCGCUGUGGGCGUGGACGCGCUGCCUGCUGCUGGGGCUGACGGUUUGCCCGCAGGGCUGACGGUGGCCACCGCGCUGCGGUCGCCUCCCGAGGGGAGGGUCUGGGCGGUGGUAGACCAGUCGUUGGACUGGGAGCGCGUCGGCGAGCAGCUGGAGGUCGGCGUCGGCGACCUGAUAGCCGGCACUGGCUAUCAGGGCGGAGGUGGAAGCAGCCCCAACACUGAUGGAGACGUUCGCACAGUGGUCGUAGGCUUCGAUGCUCAGGGCAAGGGGUACAAGACCUGGCGGGGAGUGGAGGCGGAGAUGUCGCGACACGUCUUCUCGGACUGGCCGGCCGACAUGCCCCCGACUGCGACCCAGUUCUGCGCCCAAAUGGAGAGAACUGGAUGUGUGCCGUCUGUCUGGCUGGACAGGUGGGCGCAGAGUAAGGAGAUCGCGAGCGGGUGCCAUGACCAGCUCAACCUCGGGUCGCUGUCGAUUGCAGAGCCCCCCUGCUUGCGAGUGCAGACCAUGGUCGACGCCUUCGAGGCCGAUCCGAACAAGCCUAGCUUCGAGAACGCGAAGUACCUCUCGGGACUCGCGAGCUUGUCGGAUGUGGCGUGGCCCGAUUUGAAGAUUUUCGCGGUCCGACGGGCCAAGGAGGAGACCGAGGUUGAGGAACAGCGGCAGGAGGUCAGAGAGCUUCGCAGCAAGGGCGACAGCUACAAGACU